AUGUUCUCGCCUAAAAAAAGUUUAGAAGCUCCCAAUGAAUAUGAAUUUCCAUUUACGCCGUAUAAAAUUCAGAAAGAGCUAAUGGAAGCAGUAUACAAUACAUUGACCCAGAAGUCGAUUGGGAUAUUUGAGAGUCCAACGGGAACAGGAAAGUCAUUGACUUUAACUUGUUCUGUUCUGAAAUGGAUUGAAGAUCGCGAGAGUUUGGAACGAAUAGAAUUAACUGAACGAAUUUCUAGUCUGGACCAAGAAGUUAAACGUAUUGGCAGUAGUGUUGAUGUUGUUCAAGAUUGGAUAACAGCUAGUUAUGAAGCUACGGAAAAAAAGAAACAACUUGCGACCCAUCGGCGUUUUCAAAAAUUAUUGCAGUUACAUGAUGAGCACUUAAAAGAAAUGCAAAAGCACCAAAUAGAAUUUCAUAAAGAAUGUCGCAAUAAACAUUCCAAAGUAUUAGUAAGCAAAACGGAAGCAAACCAACAAAACGAGGUGACAGACCCCGUAGAUUGGAAUGAACACACUGAUAAUUCCGAUAUGCAAAACCAAGGUGACGAGGUUGAAGAGGAAGAUAAAUAUCGUCCCAUUCAGAUAUUUUUUUGCAGUCGCACUCAUUCACAGCUAGCACAAGUCGUAAGAGAAGUGAAACGCACGCCGUACGGCCGACGAAUACGAUGUGUCUCCUUAGCGUCCCGGCUACAGUUAUGUAUAAAUCCGCAAGUGAAAAGAUUGGCCAACGUAAGUCUAAUAAACGAAAAGUGCCUAGAUAUGGCUCCAAAAAAUAAAGAUGGGAAAGAGAAUGUAAAGACCAAAUGUUGUGAAUUCCGCAAAGUGAAUUUGGUGCAGAAUUUAAGUGAAACUGCCUUGUUUAAUGUGAUGGAUAUUGAGGAGUUGGUUGGUGAAGGUGAAUCCAUUAACUCGUGUCCCUAUUAUGCCGCAAGGGAAGCUGCGAAGUCAGCACAACUUGUAAUGCUCACAUAUCAAAUGCUUUUACAUCGGCAGACGCGCCUUCAGGCGGGCAUCGAUUUGCGAGGUGCCAUUGUCAUUGUGGACGAGGCGCACAAUUUGCUAGAUACAAUUGCUCAUUUGUAUAGCUGCGAGUUGACCUUGCAACAACUAUUAUUGGUACAACAACAACUUACACUGUAUAAAAAGCAAUUCUUAAAACGCUUCAGUUCAGCCAGCUUACUUAAUAUCAACCAAUUAAUAUUCAUUGUAAAACGACUUGUAAAAACACUACAAACGGACACACCUGCAGCCGAAAGGAAAGUGUCACCAAUUUGCAGAGUUCUUCGCACAUAUGAACUUACCGCAGAGGGUGAAUUCUACAAUAUCGACUUAUUUACUUUGCUACAGUUUUGUGAAAAAUCCCGACUGGCUCAAAAAUUGCAAGGCUUUUCUGAAAAAACAGAUUUCUCAAAAACAACGGUAGAUGAGCAAAUGGAAGGAUCAGCUACAAAACAACUUCUUAAACAAAUUGAAACUUCGCACAAAAAUAAACUAAAGAAUAAAACUGUUGUUGAGAAAAUAGCUGAUGUAAAUAACAUAAAUAAUCACACAAAUGUCAAUAGUGUAACACCAAUCAUUGCACCAUUCCGCGCACUCCUCACUUUUAUUGAAUCGUUAACUGAAAAGGCUGAAGAUGGACGGGUUGUUGUAACGAGUGAUGCAACAAGUGAUUCAACAAAUAGCACGUUUAAGUAUAUUUUAUUGAAUCCUGGAGCCCACUUCGCAGACGUUAUCCGAGAUGCUCGUUCUAUAAUUGUGGCUGGAGGUACCAUGCAACCGACCAGAGAAUUGACUGAGCAAUUAUUUCGUUCAUGUCCCAAUCGUGUGCGGGAAUAUUUUUACGACCACGUUGUACCACCCGAUGCAGUAUUACCUCUAGUAGUUGCACAAGGGCCAACUGGUCGUCGACUUUGUUUUAACUAUACUGAGCGCAGUACAACGGAUAUGCUUACCGAAUUCGGGAUGAUUAUUCAAAAUGUUUGCAGUGUGAUACCGGCAGGAAUUGUCUGCUUUUUUCCAUCGUACGAAUAUCUAGACCUCGUAUAUAAUCAUUUGCAAAAAUUCGGCAUAUUGGAGAGACUAGCGACAAAGAAACGUGUUUUCGCGGAGACGCGUGCAGCUGCGACGGCAGGUUCGUCGGUCCAGAAGCUUUUAAACGACUACAGUGCGGCUAUAAAAACGCAAGGCGGUGGUGGAGCGCUGCUUUUCAGUGUUGUCGGUGGUAAGUUAAGUGAGGGACUUAACUUUGCGGAUGAUCUGGGUAGGUGUGUUAUUGUCGUUGGCAUGCCUUAUCCAAAUCGACAAUCUGUUGAGUUACAAGAGCGUAUGCGGUAUUUAGAUGUGACACUAAGCACUGGUGCUGGCAAUGAAUACUAUGAAAAUCUUUGCCUGAAAGCGGUAAAUCAAUGUAUUGGGAGGUCUGUGCGGCAUAUCAACGAUUACGCUUGUGUUUUGCUUGUGGACGAACGUUAUUGCAAUUCUGGUGUGCGAGCGAAGUUGCCACAGUGGAUAACACGUAGCUUGCAAAUACCAAAAACCUUUGGAGCAGUACAAGCGGCGACAGCUAGAUUCUUUAAAAAUAUUAAAUCCAAAAAAUUUCAAACAGUAUAAAAUUUUCAAAUUAAACAUUUUUUUAUCAGUAUUUGAGUCCAUUAUGUGUUAAAACUUUUAAAAAUUAUAUUCUUUAAAAAAAUUAACAAAAUUUUCAUUUCAUUGCACAUUGAGGUUGAACAGCCUUUGUAUAGUUUAAGUUUAAUUUGUUUGUGCAUUCUUAUUUGUAAUUUGUUUUUAUUUUUUUAAGCUAUCCAUUUCUUCAUAUUGUUAAAAAGCAUUAAAAACUAUAAUAUGAGGAACUUAUCAUUCAGCAUCCGUUCAUUUGCAUAUCGAAUUGAAAAUUGUUGAUUUAUGUUUUGUUGUAGUACAUACAAAUAUUACGUUAGAAUAUACUUAAUAUUAACUGUGCUUAGUUGAUAUCUAAC